AUGGUCAAAUCAAGGAGCGAGGAAAAGAUCAGGUUUGGUGUUCUUGAUAUCGUCAGGAUUCUUGGAGGAAUCCUCGCGUUCAAUGCACUCCUUUCAUGGUGGUUCACCUCCACUGGCACCUGGGGCUACCGUGGAAGGUGGAUCGACCCCCGUUACGUCAAGUUCAAGUUUUCCCCGGGGUAUCUCAACCUUACCAUAGCAGAGUUGGCGUUGUACAACGGCAGCGAUCCCAAGUUGCCCAUCUACGUCGCUAUCAACGGCAGCGUCUACGACGUCACCAAGUCCCCAGGCAUUUAUGGGCCUGGCGGCUCGUACCACAAGGUCAGUGGAAAGGACAGCGCCCGUGUGUUUGUCACCGGGUGCCUCAUGAAGGAGGACGAGUUCACCUACGACUUGAGGGGUUUGGACCAAGACGAAGCUGCCUACGAUAUUCUCCAAUGGCAGCAGUACUUCCACAACAGCGAACGCUACUGGUACGUGGGGUCUGUGCAGCACGAUCCUCUCACGGGGGAUCCACCUGCUCCGUGUGACCAUAUCAAGUACCCCGGCCGCUCAGUAUAG